UCAAUCUGUGCACUGCAUGUUUACAGUUACAGUUAUAACCUUAUACUUUUUUAGACUAUUAUUGUUUGGUAACCUAAGAAACCUUAAUCCAAGCAUUAAAAAAUAACCCAAUCGCUAGAAUCGAAGUUAUUUAACUUAACUUCAUGCUUUAUGCAUAACAAUAAAUAAAUGGCUGGAGACAUCGACUUUAACGACGUUUUAGACGAUAUAUUUCUUAGUGAAAACAAACAAUGCCAGGAAAGUUAUGAGGAAGGAUUGAAAGCUGGCACUGAGGCCGGAAAUCCAGAAGGAUAUCAUUUAGGGUAUCAUAGAGGCGCAGAAUUGGGGAGAGAACUAGGCUACUACCUAGGCAUAGUAUCAUAUCAUUUAGAUAAUAAGGACAAACAGCCGGAAUCCUACUCAGACAAGCUUUUAAAACAAUUGGAAAAAGUACAGGAACUUAUAAAUGCAUUCCCUCGCACUAACUCUGAGGAACAUGACAUUUUAGCUCUGGCAGAAAACAUAAGGGCACAUUAUAAAAAAUCGUGUGCAUUAUUGAAGAUACCUUCUAUAAAUCCCUAUGGUAAAACUACAAUGAGUUCAAGAAUACACAAACUUCACGGCCAGAUAGAUACAGUUAUAGCAUAUCUGUCACCAUUUCUACAACUCGCCAACUGCCAUAUGGUUGAAUUCUUAACAGAUGAUCACUGGAAUACUUUGUUACCUUGCAAAUUAAGAGAGUAUCUUGAUAGGUGCGACUUGAAUGACGCUGUUGAACAAUUUUGGAGGUUUGCCGAAGGAAAAUAUACUGAUGACAAUGAACUAUCAAAAUGGGUACAGGAGACCCGCAACCACUGUUUAGCAGUGGACAAUGAAUACUGCCUCUCAACGGAUCAGCUCCAAGAACACAUCAGGUUGUGGGGAGGUGAUGAGAGGUCGGAAGUCAGGAUCUCAGAGUUUAUGAACAGCAAGAAAAGUUAUGAGGUGCAGACGAUGUCUCGAUUAGUGGCGUCUCUGUCCACAGCGUGUAAGUCCACGCACUGUGUGGAGGCGGGCGGUGGUAGGGGGCACCUGCUGGUCGCGUUGAGCCUCGCCUACCACCUGCCAAGCCUCACCAUCGACUGCGAUGAGAGGACCUUGGCCAGCGCCCGGAAGAGGGUCAACAUUAUACAGAAACAAUGGCACGCAAUAGCAAAGAGGAUAAAAGAUGGCAACGAAGAGAGUAUAUUGGGAAGUUUCAACUCGGACCUGCAUCGCUUUGCCAUGAACUUCAUCACUAACGAUACGGACUUGGUGGAAAUCGUGAGAGAGAAGUUUCCGGAACACUCCCAUAGCGAUGUUAAACUGCUGUUAACUGGACUCCAUACGUGCGGCAACCUUGGCCCGGCGUCUCUUCGCUUAUUCGUGCGCAGCCCCCAGACGAGUGCGCUCCUCACAGUGCCCUGCUGCUAUCACCUCCUCACUGAGGAUGUGGACGAGAUGAUAUUCGACGUGUUCCAGCGGGACUAUGGGGAUAGCAAGUGGGGGCAGGGGUUCCCCAUGUCGGAGCGGUUAAGAGGUUACAACUUGGGAAGGAAUGCACGUAUGCUCGCAGCUCAAUCUAUGGACAGAGUGGUUCAUAACAGACAGCUACCUGAUAAAAGUUUGCUGUACCGCGCCUUACUUCAGGUAAUCAUCAAGAAGCAUUUACCAAACUUACCUGUCACGGAAGGUAAACUCAAAGGCAUUUCAUCCAAAUGUCAAGAUUUCAACGAAUAUUUCAAAAUGGCCGACUCCCUACUGAAACUCGGACUCGAAAGUUUACCUGAAACUUACCUUACUGAUAUGCACACAAAUAUGGAUUGCCAGUGGAAAAAAAUAGUUCUAUUUUAUCUUGUUAGGUUGUGUUUGGCACAGAUUAUAGAAAACGUUAUUUUGUCAGAUAGACUAUUAUAUUUAUUUGAGAACGGUUUCUUGAAGAGCUAUUUGGUUAAAUUAUUCGACCCUGUUUUGUCACCUCGGUGUCACAGCAUUGUUGCUGUACGGUAACAUUUGAAUAAAAUUCAAAAAAUCAAAAUUCAAAAUUCAUUAAUUUCGAGUAGGCCCACUUUAUAAGCA